AUGUCGAACGUAACCAGCUUCCUUGCACGGCGUACUGGGACGCCAACACCCGAUCCUACAACCGCAACUAUGACUACAAAGCAAGAGCGAGCAGAUCGGGCUAAAGGAUCAAAAGUUGGGGUUAGGAACACGCGUGCACGUACUCAACCAUCGGCGAGAGGAGAUACGAUUACCACGGAUUUUCGCUCCCCAACCCCCACUCGACAACAAGCCUACAACCCGACUCGCCAGAACGGAAACCCUCCUAAUAGGCCAUUCAAUAGUCGUCGUGCCGCAAUGACCGAAGACCAAGGAGAUGGCGCUGGAUUUGACACCACAGUAUCCACGAAUUUCGACCAGACUAUGAGUGAACUUCCCGCACAUGUACAUUCCGAGUUGUCAAUGAGAGGCGAAAUGUUCGAUGGAGGUUCGGAUGGAGCUCCAGGUUACUUUCCAGAAAACGUGCGCUUCGAGCAAGAAGAGGGAAGUGAUGAGUACGAGGAUACGCAACACGCAGAUAUCCAUGUAGCCAUGGCUCGAAAUCCCGCUGAAGCAACAUCUCAGCCUCUUCACCGGAAGAACGGAGAGGACAGCUUGCCCAGAGUAGAUUAUGGAGAAACUCAAGAGAUGGAAUUUCAAGCCCGUCAAAAUGAUAUCGCCGGUCGUUUUGCAGCAUCCAACAACCAAGCUCGAGCCGAGAGUCCAACAAAGUCGGGACGUGGUGCGUCCCAAAAGCGUGCCCAUUCACAACACAUGAACGAGACCAACAACUUCCCUAUCCGUAGUUCCUUUGAGAAAAGACAGACUGGGCGAUUCGAAAAUGAUACACUCGACGUGCAAACUCGAAAUGACAUAUUUCAUGACGCGUCCGGAUUUACCUCUCCAGCUCCAGUCGAUGAUACCAAUCACCAUGACUUCAACGGACACGCAUCCUCAAAUGCCGCAGACGGAGAUGAUGACGAUUCGUUUGAUGACGCGGUCGAGGUUGAUUACACCGACGCAGAACUUGCGGGCAUGGAUUUCGCAACACUCAAGAGAGAGGAGUGGGGAUUUAACUACAAUGAAAGAACAAUUGAUCUCAAAGGACUCCCUCGAGAAGCUACACUUGCACAGCAGCUCGACGUCGUAAAGACGUUAGAUUGGGAGGACCAAAUGCAAUUCUUUCUCCAUAUGCCCGAGAACGAAUGGGAAGAAGCGGGACAGCUGAUCAUGGCGAAGAUUGCGGAUAUCAUGAAGAGUGUACGGGAAAUUAGGACUCGCAAGCGAGAGGUUGCUGCAAAGUACGAGCAGUUGUAUGAAAAGAGAGAACAACUCGUCCGAAGAAAGGAUGACAGAUUAACGGCAAAGCUCGGCCGAAUGGAGAACACUGGGCGAGCUGUUUUGAACAAUUGA